AAGCCAUUUCGGCACCAAAGAAAGGCAGAUGGCAGACAGUCUAGCACAUGGUGUCAUGAAGAACGAGAUGUUCGGAAGUUUAGCAGUUCUGUACAUGACGAUUAAUGAAAACAGGGAGCAAUGACUUCUUUACGCUACAAUGGCGUGAAUCAACCUGUUGUGGUAUUAAACACGAGGGAGGAGCUUGUUGACACACGUGCACCUUUAGCCAUUCUGCGGCUACAUGCACUAGAAAAUUUCACUGUUUAGUCCUUACCGGGCAGGCUAAGGGAGUGUGCCAUAGUUUGUCGCAGGUGAACGUUGUUUUGGUACUGUUCAAUUUUCCAUUCCGAGUUUUGUCGAGAAAAGUGGAUCAGUAUAUUCAUCCUCAUCAACAAAAUGAAAUUAAAACCAUCCUGGUAUGGAACGGAUCUAACCGAAAAGAGAUACGAGUCUUCGGUAUGGGCAACAAUAGCUUCAUCAACCAUAAUUGUACCUACACUCGGUGCCAAAUCACCGACAAUCCAUCGUUACGACCCCUAUCCUACUACGACGCGAUUAUCGUAGUUUUCAACGACGAAUUCACGGCUCCUGAUCAAUUGAAGAUGCCUGAAUUCGGAAGCAAGCGCAGCAAAAGGCAGCGUCUCGUGUUUUUCACUCAGGAAUCUCCUCCAGCCCUGAAGCCUUAUUACAACAUGACCCAACUGGCACACUUUUUCAAUUGGACCAUGACAUACAGAACUGAUGCCGAUAUUCCUUUGCUCUACGGCCGGAUCAUUCCGAAAAAGACAGCUCCUCGUACAGCAGAAGACACUAACCGUAAAAGAGAAAUAUUCCGCAAUAGAAUGUCACCAAAAUCGUGGCGAAAUAAAACCAAAACAGCAGCCUGGAUGGUUUCUCAUUGUAAUACACACGGCCAACGAGAGAAGUACGUCAAAGAGCUUAGCAAAUACAUUGAUGUCGACACGUAUGGCCAAUGUGGUAACUUCUCUUGUGCUCGUGACAUUUUACAUCAUUCCGAUCCGCAGUGUUAUGACAUGCUCGAAUCUACUUAUAAAUUCUAUUUAUCUUUUGAGAAUUCUCUAUGUACAGACUAUGUCACAGAAAAGUUUUUCAAGAUAAUGGGGCACGACAUCGUUCCUGUAGUGUACGGUGGAGCAGAUUACACUAAACAAGCACCACCCCAUUCCUACAUUGACACCCGAACUUUCAAACCUAAAGAAUUGGCAGCUUAUCUCAAAUUACUGGACGCCAACGACACUCUUUAUAACGACUAUUUCUGGUGGAAAGAGUACUAUGACGUAGAAUUUAGCGUCAGUGACAUGUCGCGUCACGGUUUCUGUGACUUAUGCCAACAGUUACACGAACAGCAAGAUUGGGAAUUUCAAUCUUACCAGGAAUUAACAUCUCAAUGGGAUGAUAGAAACGCUUGCAAAACAGUCGAUUCGAAUUGGAUAUCUUAAGAGAAUAGCUCGGAUGUCAUUGAAUUCUGAUAUUAUGUUCAAAUUCUACCACCUGUAUGCAAAUGUAAUCCCCGAAGUCAAUACAAAUCGGAUAUCGAUGAA